GGGGCGACCUGAUGCCAAGGGUGCUGGUAGUUUCUGAGCUAAGGUCACUCGUCCCCUGAAGCACUGGCCAGAGAGCCACCAGCUCGCUCCAUACAAGCUCCCAAAGAGCCACCACAUGGAGAUGGCUGGGAUCUAUCUGGUUUUUACAGAAACUUUCUACUCAGUCAAUACAGGUCACCCUUCUGCACUUAAUCCCAGCCUGCAGCACCAAUCACUUCCCGUAUAAUCUCCCAGAACAGCUGUGCUGUGAUUGCAUUGUGGAUUACAAAAUGACCAUUUUCCACAAAACAGCUGCUGGCUGGAGGGAUAGCAUUUAAUAAUCACUUGGGGGGGGGCGGUGAGGGAGGAGGGGAGGAGACAAAGGAGAAAGGGGUUUUGAAGCAAUUGGGUUUCUUGGAGGAUCUAGAGAUGAGCAAACCAGCAGACAAAGCGUGAGUGCCAUUUCUGUAUUUCUCCUCCAAAUUAACAGGACUUUGCGGACUUGCUGCCAAGAUGGAGCUGCUGAAGGGAUUGCCAUGGCGCCGUGCUUUCCUGGCUGUCAUCCUGAACCUGCUGGCUCUCAGCCUCUCCACCACCGCCUUGCUCGGCAGCUACUGGUGCACCGGGACCCAGAAAGUGCCCAAGCCUUUGUGUGGGAAGAGCAAAGCCACCAAGUGCAUUGGUGUCCCCAUGCCGCCUGAUGCAGGUGCUAGCAAUGUUUCAUCCCAGGAUGUGGUGCACUACAGCUGGGAGACCGGGGAUGACCGCUUUGCCUUCAAAUACUUCCACACGGGGAUGUGGCUUUCCUGUGAAGAGAGCAUGGAAGGGCCAGAAGAGAAAUGCCGUAGCUUUAUUGAGCUUUCACCACCAGCAGAGAGAGGAAUCCUGUGGCUGUCGCUGGGAUCAGAGAUGCUGUACAUCAGCUUGCUGCUCAUCAGCUUCAUCCUCCUGAUGGUGGAAAUGCUGCAUACUGGCAAUCCUGUCUGUGGGUUGAAGCUCAACGCCUUUGCUGCUGUCUCCUCGGUGCUGUCAGGUCUCCUUGGGAUGGUGGCACACAUGAUGUACACUCAAGUCUUCCAGGCAACGGUUAAUCUGGGACCAGAGGACUGGAGACCGCACUCAUGGGACUACGGCUGGGCAUUCUACAUGGCCUGGGCCUCCUUCACCUGCUGCAUGGCCUCUGCCGUCACCACUCUCAACACCUACACCAAGACGGUGCUGGAGUUCAAAAGGAACCACAUCAAGGGCUACGACGGGAGCUUCAAGGACCAGCCUCAGCACCACCAGUGCUUCCUACAGCAGCAAAUAAGCAGCUACUACGAGCCCCAGGACAAGCCCCUCCAUUCAGUCUCUGAGGGAGUCGACUUCUACUCUGAGCUGCAGCAGAAGGUGCUACAGCGGGAACCAGAGCUGGAGCUGGAUGAGGUCUUGGGACAGACGAUCGGGGAGGAUCGCUGUUAGGGAUGAGCGCGCAGGGGCAGAGCAGUGGGGUUUGGGAGGCACGAGAGCUCUGAGCGGAACACCAGCACCACUGUUAGCAAGUUCUCGGGGAGCAAUUCCUGCCUCCACGCUUCGGUGAGUGAGAAGAGAACACCAGGGCAACAGCAGUGCCAACAGGAGCAGGGUGGGUCCUCCCUGAUCACGGUUGGAUGGUGUCCUCCGCUGGGAAGGGGACUGGAGGGACAUGUUGGUGCCAGCUGUCUCCAAGCGCUUUCGGACAGAAUCGAGGCAGAUGUCCUAAUCCCAGCAGUAUUGCACCUGGGAAUAGAUAGUCAGUGCCAUCCAGCUGGCAAAUUGCAGUGCUGGGUCUCUUUGGGUGGUGUCACAUUGGUGUUCCAGCAACCCCCCAGGCUCAGUGCUAUGGUGAAGGGCAUCGGUGCUCAUAUUGAUUGGCCGUAAUCCUCUCCGAACACCUUAUUUAUUCUUCAUUUCCAGGCCCACCCCGCUCUUCUCCCCGCCCCCAGAUUAAAAGUGCUGCUGCAGUAGGAAUGGGAGGUUGCUUUCAGACAUCUCCCUCCUGCUCUUUCCUACCUGUAAUGACACCCCCAUGCUCCCUUCUUGCUUUUACCCCCAAAAUCUCCCAUUCUGAGGUACUUUCCCAUCUGUCUCCUUCUACUGUGCUUCUCCACAACCUUUAAGAAUCCUUGGCUGGGCUUUUGCUUUUUUCUUUGUUUCUCUUCACCUUGUCCCCUUUUCUCCAUUGUAAAAAUAUCACAGACAAUCCCCAAACCAAGCAAACUCCUAAUCUCUCAAAGGUGAAACACUGGUUCACAUGACACAUGAUGCUGUACAGAGUAUUUAUUUGCUCCACUUCAGUUCACAGUUCAAAUACAUUUUCCCAACAAUA